GUGCCGGCGCCCGGCCUCGAGCCCGCGCCCCCCCCCCCGCGUGCCCGCGCCGCUGCGCGAUGCAGUGUGGGGAAUGGCUGGGGUUGGCUGAAGAGCGCACAGUGGAGUUUUAAUGUCCGCCAUGUUGGCCAUGGCGUAUUGAGGAGAGCGAGCGAGAGAGGAGCGGAGCGGCUCGGCCUCCCACCUCCCGGCGGCUCUGAGUGCCCGGACGGCGGGCUCCGCGCUCCGCCCCUCCAGUCCCCGGCAGCGGCGGGCGAGUGGGGACCGAACCCCCGGUUCUCCAUGAUCCCGCUGGCCGGGGCCGUUUCCCCAGAGCGGAGAGGUAUCUGCUGCGCCUGAGAUGAGUAAACUGUCGUUUCGGGCGCGGGCGCUAGACGCCUCGAAGCCGCUGCCGGUUUUCCGCUGUGAGGAUCUGCCCGACCUGCACGAAUACGCCUCGAUAAACCGGGCCGUGCCGCAGAUGCCCACCGGAAUGGAGAAGGAAGAGGAGUCGGAACACCACCUCCAGCGGGCUAUCUCGGCACAGCAGGUGUACGGCGAGAAGAGGGACAACAUGGUCAUCCCCGUGCCGGAGGCGGAAAGCAACAUCGCCUACUAUGAGUCCAUUUACCCCGGGGAGUUCAGGAUGCCAAAGCAGCUCAUUCACAUCCAGCCUUUUAGUUUGGAUGCUGAACAGCCCGAUUAUGAUUUGGAUUCUGAAGAUGAAGUAUUUGUGAAUAAACUGAAGAAGAAAAUGGACAUCUGCCCACUGCAAUUUGAGGAGAUGAUUGACCGUCUAGAAAAAGGCAGUGGUCAGCAGCCAGUCAGUCUGCAGGAAGCCAAACUACUGCUAAAAGAAGACGAUGAAUUAAUUAGAGAAGUUUAUGAAUACUGGAUUAAAAAGAGAAAAAACUGUCGAGGGCCAUCUCUUAUCCCAUCAGUAAAACAAGAGAAGCGAGAUGGUUCCAGCACAAAUGAUCCGUAUGUGGCUUUUAGAAGACGAACUGAAAAAAUGCAGACUCGAAAAAAUCGCAAAAAUGAUGAAGCCUCUUAUGAAAAAAUGCUUAAGCUGCGUCGAGAUCUGAGUCGGGCUGUUACUAUUCUAGAGAUGAUAAAAAGAAGAGAAAAGAGUAAAAGGGAGCUAUUGCACUUAACACUGGAAAUUAUGGAAAAGAGGUAUAGUCUGGGUGACUACAGUGGCGAGAUCGUGUCUGAGGUCAUGGCGCACAGACAGCCCGUGAAACCUGCUUACUCCAUCCCCGUUGUCCCCCUCACCAACAGCGGCCAGUUCAAACACCAGGAAGCCAUGGACGUGAAGGAGUUUAAAGCUAAUAAGCAAGACAAGGCCGAUCUUAUCCGACCUAAACGUAAAUAUGAAAAGAAGCCCAGAGUCUUGCCUCCGUCGGCCGCUGCCGCCCCUCGACAGGCCAGCCCCGCCGCGCUGCCGGCUUUCAGCGCUAAGGACCUGAACCAGUAUGACUUCCCCAGCUCGGACGAAGAGCCUCUCUCCCAGGUUCUGUCUGGCUCUUCGGAAGCUGAGGAAGAGAAUGAUCCCGAUGGCCCUUUUGCUUUCCGUAGGAAGGCAGGCUGUCAGUACUAUGCUCCUCACUUAGACCAAACUGGCAACUGGCCUUGGACUAGUCCUAGCGACGGAGGAUUAGGGGACGUGCGAUACCGCUACUGCUUGACCACCCUGACGGUGCCCCAGAGGUGUAUCGGAUUUGCGCGAAGACGGGUUGGGCGCGGUGGAAGGGUCUUACUGGACAGAGCUCACUCGGACUAUGACAGCAUGUUUCGCCAUCUGGAUUUGGAAAUGCUUUCCUCACCACAACAUUCUCCAGUCAAUCAGAUUGCCAAUACCUCAGAAACAAAUACCUCGGACAAAUCUUUCUCUAAAGACCUCAGUCAGAUACUAGUCAAUAUCAAAUCAUGUAGAUGGCGGCAUUUUAGGCCUCGGACACCAUCCCUACGUGACAGUGACAGUGAUGGAGUCUCCUGUAGAAAAUGGUAUCGGAGUGUAAGUCGAACAGGAGCAGCACAACCCGGGACCCAGACAUGCAGCGCCUCUGCGCAGAGUAAAAGCGGCAGUGGCUCAGCGCACUUUGCGUUUACAGCCGAACAAUACCAGCAACACCAGCAGCAGCUGGCACUCAUGCAGAAACAGCAGCUUGCACAAAUUCAGCAACAGCAAGCAAGUAGUAGUUCUUCCACCACCACGCCACAGGGUUUUGUUUCCAAGACUUUGGAUUCUGCUAGCGCUCAGUUUGCUGCUUCUGCUUUGGUGACAUCAGAACAACUGAUGGGAUUCAAGAUGAAGGAGGAUGUGGUGCUUGGAAUUGGGGUGAAUGGCGUCCUUCCAGCCUCAGGAGUAUACAAGGGCUUACACCUCAGUAGUACUACAGCCCCGGCACUUGUCCACACGAGUCCGUCGACGGCAGGGCCAGCUUUGCUACAGCCUGCGAACGUGACGCAGACGGCGGGUUCCCACAGUGCGCCGAGUCACCCAGUGACUGCUGCCAGU